CUCAAGCAUGCUGGAGCCGGCCUGUGCUCCAUCCUCCGAUGACCCUUCGGGAUCUGUCGGUUUAUGGGUCCCUUUCCGGUGACCCCUUUUGCUCUUUUGUUUUCUGGUUGUUUUGUAUAGUUUUAGUUUCUUGUACAGUUUGUUUUUAAGAUCCGGCGACCCUCGGCUCUUUCCUGUCUGAUCUUGGUAGGGGUUCGUUGGGUUUUUCUUUUUGUCCUGUUUGGUGCAGAUCCGGCGGUUUUCUGUCUUCUCCGGCGGAUCUGAGGCGGCGCGCACGAGGGCUUUCAGAUCUACGCCCACUGCGGCUCUCUGCUGGUUCCGAGGGUCUUCCGCCGCCUGAUCGGGUGACCGCACGGCAUCCUGGAGCCUGAUGCUAUUUCUUCAAGGGUAGAUUGAAGGGUGUCUCAUAUGGAUCGGUCGACCGAAGGCCGUGGUAUUUCCGGGGCGUUCGUGGUUGUUCGAGUGCUCAGUGCACCCCCUUCAGGCCUCUGGAUAUGGAUCUACUCUGUUCUUUUGUUCCAGUUGUUUUUACUAUUUGUUAUCUUUGUAAAUGCCGUAUGGCGGUCUUUGUAAUGAAUCCAUUCCAUUAUC